AUGAGCCAGACACUCCUGAUGGGGAAGAGAGCCAAUAUGCUCCCAGAGAUCACCACAGCUGUGGGGUUCCUCUCCAACUUGUUGAGGACCUGGGGCUGUGUAAACAAACAGAAGCUACACGUUUUCAGCAGGGUCCUUCAAGAGGCACUCACAGAACACUAUAAACACCACUGGUUCCCAGAAAAGCCAUUGAAAGGUUCAGGCUACCACUGCAUCCUAAUUAACAACAAGAUGGACCCCAUCAUCAGCAAGGUAGCCAGGCAAAGUGGACUCAGCCUGCCUCAGCUGUACCACCUGCUGCCCAGCGAGUUGAUCCUUUGGGUGGACCCCUAUGAAGUAUCUUACCGAAUUGGGGAAGAUGGAUUAAUUUGUGUCCUCUACAAGGCAGGACCCACUCCAUCUUCUUAUGGACUUCUCACUCCAUGA